AUGGUGUACGAUGGCAAGCCAAGUAAAGGCUGUGGGAACUGUCGUUCGCGUAAGAUUCGAUGCGACCAAGCCCGCCCCGCGUGCUGGGAAUGUAUUCGAACCAACCGAGAAUGCUCAGGAUAUCGCGAUGAGUUGGCCCUGAUGUUCCGCGACCAAAAUGAGUCCGUCAUACGCAAGGCGCACUCUCACUCGUUCUCGGCCUCGAAAGCAAGGGCCUCCAGGAAUUGUGGAAACUGCCGGGCUGUCAAGCGACGCUAUGAGGCUAGUGCUCAUGAUGACCGUUUUGAUGCCCAGUGCGACCAGCAGUCUCCCCAUUGUGGACAGUGCCUGCGACUGCGUGAAACCUGCCCUGGCUACCGUGAUGAAUGGGACCUCAUCUUCCGGGACCAGACUCACCGUACCAUUCAGCGAUCCAAAGGACUCGAGACCCAAGGCACCCAUGACGUGCCUUGGACUCGCACCUUGAGUCCAAAUGCCGACGAGGUAGGGGUCCAUUAUUUUCUUCGUAACUUUGUCAGCCAUUCUUCUUUGCGUGGAUGUCUGAAUUAUAUUCCCUCGGUGUACCACAGCGAGGGAGAGAACCCAACUCUGGUCGCUAGUAUGGCCGCUGUCGGGCUUGUAGCGUUGGCCAAUUCAACACAGCAGCCCGAACUAGCCGACCUGGCGCGCACCAAAUACAUGGAGGCCAUCCGCAAUGUGAACGCCGCCUUGUGUUCCCCGGUCGAGUCGGUUAAGGACAGUACCCUGAUGUCCGUGAUCUCGCUGGGGGUGUUUGAACACGUCUCGGAGUAUAAGUCGUGGGCGCGCCAUGUCCAGGGCGCUGCCGCCUUGGUGGUCGCCCGGGGCGAGGGCCAAUUUACCACCCCGGCAUCGGUUCUCAUGUUUAACCAAGUGCGCGCUGAUCUCGUACUUGACUGUGUGCAUGCGGGUAAGCCUUUCCCAGAGAGCAUGAUGGAGUUGCAAGAAGAGGCAGCCAAUCACACAGAUGUCUCCGGUGCCUUUUGGCUCUUGGGGGUGCUAGGCACCCGGUGCGCCAAUCUUCUGAUGGGCGUCAGGGAGAAUACUGGGGAAACCCCGUGGCCUGUAUACCUGGAGCAAGCGAGUUUGUUAGAGCGGGAGUUCCAAUCUCUCCUGGUGCUCCUCGCUAUCCAAGAGCCGUAUCAAACCACGCACGACUCUGCCAGUGCGUCGGAAUUCAUUCAUAAUGGGCGAGUUGAUCUCUACAAGGACCCUUGGGCAAUCCGGGUUUGGAACAACCUGCGAAACCUUCAUAUGAUUGUCUGCGAGAUCCUGUUAUAUCUUCUGAACAAGAUUCUCGUGACGGAUAUCACGCUUUCCACAACCGUCCAGGAGUCUCUGAAGAUGAAGCUUCGAAUGAUAAUGCACACUCUGUCCACGUUGGGAGACGACAUCUUGGCCACCAUUCCGCAGGCGUUGGAAUUUCUCUCCUCGGCGUCUGCAGACUCGCCCUCCGUCGACAUCUCUUUUCGUGGCAGCGUGUCCGGUGGGUACAUUCUCACCUGGUGUCUUUAUAUGGUCGGAAAAUGUCCGGUCACGAACGCUGAAACCCGAAAAUGGAUCAUUCGACGUCUGCAAGACUUUGGUAGAAACAUGGGAAUUUCAAUUGCAUUGCGUCUGGUACAGGAUAUACAGGAUAUAUCAAAGAAAGAUCAAUCUGCCGGAGUUUCUUGA